AAGCAAAGGAAAGACGGGGCCUUUCACUCCUCUUCCUCCCCCUCUCCCUCCCCAGAGUCGUCCUGAGUCCUGACCUACCCAAACCUCCAAUCCGGCCGCCGCGGCGUGGCUCAUAGCCUCGCCGCCGGCCCCUCCUCCCCACGCCCGCGUCGCCGUCCCCGUCCUAACCCCCACCGCCGUCUCCGGCCGCAGCCUUGGGCGGUUACUAUUUGAGGAUCGGCACCUGAGUCUCUGAGUUGAGCGCCUUCCGCAAAGGUUUCGGUGAGCCGGAUUGCCUGUUUGGGUGUUCCUCAAGGUUGAGCUCAGAACAGCUUGUCCAAGAUGCCAAAUCCAGAGAAGAAGUUGUUCAGGAUGCCAAGUGCAGAUGCCGAGAUUGCUGCACUGCACAAGGAAUGGGAUGAUGCUCGGUGUCCAAUUUGCAUGGACCAUCCUCACAAUGCUGUACUUCUGUUGUGUAGUUCUCAUGACAAAGGAUGCAGAUCCUACAUAUGUGAUACAAGCUAUAGACACUCAAAUUGCCUAGACAGGUUCAGGAAAAUGAAAGCGAACUGCAUGGACAGUUCAUCACAGCCAAGCUCUUCCUUGCCUGGAGAUACAAGUAACCAAAGUGUUUCACAGAGAUCCCGUCUCAGUCCCAGUAGAGGGAGCCCCAGGCUAUUGAUAGAUGUACCAGAAUUCCGUGAAAAUCUCAGUCAUGAACAUGUCAUUCGUAGUUCUGCAGCCGUAUCUGGACAACAAGAAGGAACUAACUAUAAUCAAGGUCCAGUAACAUUGGAAGCUCUUAUGGGACAAGUGAGUGGGCAAGUGGAGUCAGCUGAGGUAUCCAACUUGAACCAAUUGAUGUGCCCGCUGUGUAGGGGUGCUGUGAAGGGCUGGGAGAUCAUCAAAGAUGCCAGACAGUACCUGGACGAGAAGCCAAGAAGCUGCUCGCGGGAAGCAUGCGCAUUUUCUGGUACCUACGGUGCGCUCCGUAGACAUGCCAGGCGGGUGCACCCCACAACAAGGCCUGCUGAUGUGGAUCCGUCAAGGCGUCGCGCGUGGCACCGCCUGGAGAACCAGCGGGAGUAUGGUGACAUAAUGAGUGCAAUCAGGUCGGCUAUGCCUGGGUCAGUUGUGUUUGGAGAUUACGUCAUUGAAGGUGGUGAUACGCCAUCACACGAGCGUGAAGACAGUGGGCCAAGUGACCGAAGCGGGUCUCUGUUGACAACGUUCUUUCUGUUCCAUAUGAUGAACAGUGGUCCGCUGAGAGGAGACGAGCCAAGAGGCUCAUCAAGGGCCCUGAGAAGGCAGAGGCGUCGCUAUCUGUGGGGAGAGAACUUGCUAGGCCUCCAAUAUGAUGAGGACGAUGAUGAUGAGGACGAGGAUAGCCUAGAGGAGGAGGUUCAGAGGCCAAGGACUCGCCGGAGGUUCGUGAGGUCGAGGUCGGAGGAGCGACGCUGACGCAUGGGCGACCAUGGUAAUUACAUCCUUCACACACCGUGAAGUUCUCCACCCCAUGAAUUAGCGAUGACUCCUUGCAUCAUCUUUUGCCAUGCCAGCCGGGGCGCUGGGUGACAUGCUGCUUCAGUCAAAUGCCUAAAGUGCAGCAGGGAUCCCCGCACUGGAAGAUCCAAGUCAACCGUGUCGCGUUUAAAGGGUUGGAUAGUUGAACAGCGUUCAACCCCAUCGUAUUCACAAGACAUGCCCAUCCUCAGGGCAUGCUGGGAUGCGGGCUCGCUCGCUCUUGCUCAUGAUGCACCUCGCGUUCUUUGCUCGGCAUGUUAUCUGUAUCCGAAUCUAUUGUAUAUAUAGUGUUGGAAGCUAGUACCAUUUACCGAAUUCAUGUGUGUACUCUUUUGCACCUGGUAUCUUUGUUCAAUUGAAGCCGGUAGGGAUUACAAUUGGCCUUGA